UCUCGCCACCUUCUCUGCUUCGCCUCUUCUCUCCCAAUUCCUUCAAUUAUCUUCUAUUUGGGUUUUGUUUUUGGAUUUUGAUCUUUCCAUUUGCAAAGGAAAAAAGCUCGUCUCUCUUUCUGUUUCUGUAGCUUUUUGGGUAUGGCAGGAACCGGGGUGGUUGCUGUUUAUGGAAACGGGGCGAUAACCGAAACCCACAAGUCUCCUUUCUCAGUGAAAGUUGGGUUGGCGCAAAUGCUCCGAGGCGGGGUCAUCAUGGACGUGGUCACCCCGGAACAAGCCCGCAUCGCUGAAGAAGCGGGAGCCUGCGCCGUCAUGGCUCUCGAGCGAGUCCCCGCCGAUAUCCGAGCUCAAGGCGGUGUGGCCCGAAUGAGUGAUCCACAACUCAUCAAGGAAAUUAAGCAAGCGGUUACUAUCCCCGUCAUGGCUAAGGCCCGUAUUGGUCAUUUCGUUGAGGCCCAGAUCCUUGAAGCCAUCGGAAUCGAUUAUGUUGACGAGAGCGAAGUGCUUACCCCAGCCGACGAAGAGAACCACAUUAACAAACAUAAUUUUCGGAUUCCUUUCGUUUGCGGGUGUCGGAAUUUGGGGGAAGCGCUUCGGAGGAUCCGGGAAGGAGCUGCUAUGAUUCGAACCAAAGGAGAAGCUGGGACCGGCAACAUUAUCGAAGCCGUUAGGCACGUGAGGUCCGUGAUGGGAGACAUUAGGGUGCUUAGAAACAUGGAUGAUGAUGAGGUUUUCAGCUUCGCUAAGAAAAUUCAGUCCCCAUACGAUUUGGUCAUGCAGACGAAGCAACUGGGGAGGUUGCCCGUGGUGCACUUUGCUGCCGGAGGAGUGGCGACGCCGGCUGAUGCGGCGUUGAUGAUGCAGUUGGGCUGCGAUGGAGUGUUUGUGGGGUCUGGGGUUUUUAAGAGUGGUGACCCGGCGAGACGGGCCCGGGCUAUUGUCCAGGCCGUCACUCAUUAUAGUGACCCGGACGUGCUUGCUGAAGUUAGCUGUGGGCUUGGUGAGGCUAUGGUUGGUCUUAAUUUGAAUGAUAAGAAGGUUGAGAGGUUCGCGGCUCGGUCUGAAUAAUGUGUUUGAAGCUUUUCGGGCUACGUGGAGGAAUCCUUUCACCAUGGGACUGGUACCAUCGCCUGCAUUAUGUGCACUUUUUCCAGAUUAUGCAAGUCAAAGUGUAGUUUUUGAUACAGUGGGGUGUACCUUUAUGUCUAAAUGGAUGUUUUCGAUAAACUCUGCUGUUUCGUUAUCUCUUUUAAGAUUGCUAGGAAUUAUAACAGCUUGUCUCUGCAUUCUGCAAGUAUACUCAUGUAAUUUUUCGUUAAUUAGGCUCUACAGAAACUUUACCUGCAUUUUCAGAUGGUAUUGGUCCAUGGUUGAAGUGGCUUUGCUGGUUACCAAAUUUUCUUUUUGUUCCAUCUUGAUGCAUGUAUGCUAUCCUACCUGCUGAAUAAAAUUUUCCAUUACUUGGUCA